GUGAAGUCAGUAUAGAGACCUCAUAAAGCUGCUCCUUCAUCAUUAAGACAACAAAAUGACGCUCCGUGUGGUCACUUGUCUCCUCCUGUGGACACUAGCUCAUACAAAAGGUCAGAGGUCGUCGUCGUCGUACAUGCACCAUCUGCCGGUUCAGGCGGGCCAAAACGUGACUUUGGAGUGUUUAAACACAGGGCUCGACUUCGGAAUGUUCUAUUGGUACAAGCAAACGCCUGGGAAGAAACCAAAACUGCUGGCCAGCUCCUACACCCAAGGCCAUAGUAACAAACUUCACGGCCAACCGGAGAAGCACUCCCGCCUUAGCCUGACAGUUCUCUCCGACAGGAGCUGCUUGAACAUCACACAUGCGCAAAUGUCAGACUCUGGGACCUACUUCUGCAUAUUUAAUUAUUUGUCCAUCAGUCAAUUCCAUGAGAGUAUUUUAGUGGAGGUGAGAGCCUCCGCCUGGGACAUCCCAGCAUCAGUAAAGCAGCCAGCAUCUAAGAGCAUCCUCCAUGGAGGUAAUUUGACUCUAAGCUGCACCGUCCAAACCAUGUCCUCCUGUGACGAGGAACACCAGGUUUACUGGCUAUGGAACGAGCCCGGAUCCGGCCCAGGGAUCAUUCACGCUUCAGAAGGGAGGAGGUCCAACGGCACCUGCCUUUACGAGGUACCGAUGAGCGGACUGAACGACGCAGACGUGGGGACGUACUACUGUGCCGUGGCCAUGUGUGGACACAUCCUGUUUGGGAAGGGCACCACCGUGACCCUUGAACGUGACACGUUGCUGGUGUACAUCUUAAGUGGAGCUUUGGCCUUCUCCGUCUUGGUGAUUGUCAUCUUGGCCUGUAACAUAAAGAAGAAGACACAGGAUCAGGCAGACCCACGACAACCAUUACAUGCUGCCUCGGCUCCAGAGGAGGGUGAUGAAGACACAAAUCUCCAAUACACUGAUUUGAAAGCUGAAGAGGUAAGAAGGAUAACCAGACAGAGGAACGACGUCCGCGCUGAGUGUGCGUACUCCGAUAUCAUGCAUUAGGCUUGUUGCUUUGUGUAACAUUAGUGUCA